GAAUUGUGUAAAAAUUAUAAAAGCAGUGUCAUCAAAUCUGUUAUUUUAGUUCGUAUUGUCACAAAUUUGUUAUCAAUAUCGUACUGAAAAUGGCAAAUUUGGUACGAGAAAUUAUUACCUCCCAUAAAAAUUCACCAUCUCCACCUUUUCUCAGUCAAGCUGUUUCAUUCAACAACUUGCUGUUUCUAUCGGGAUCUUUAGGAAUUUCUAAAGAAACCAAUCAAUUAGUGGAAGGGGGAGUGGUGCCUCAAGCUAUCCAAGCCUUAGAAAACAUCAAGAAUGUUUUAGAAGCGGGAAAUUCAAAUUUAAAUCAAGUUUUGAAAACCACCGUGUACCUCAAAGACAUCAACGAUUUUUCAGCAGUGAAUGAAGUAUACCACAAAUAUUUUAAUAAAGAUCCUCCUGCUCGGACUGCUUUUCAAAUCGCUACUUUACCAUUAAACGCGGCUGUUGAAAUUGAAGUAAUUGCCGCUGUCGGCGAUGUUGUGACAGUAAAUUCACAUUUAUAAAUAUACUGUAUCGAAUUUUUUUAUUGUUAAUAUCUUAGUUGCAUUCGGUUAAAGUUUGUCAAUAAACACAGAUUUUUAAAA